AUGGACACGCCACCGGCAGCAGCAAACCUGCGGUCCAAGACCCGGCGCGCACUGGACGACCUCAACGGUGCAACGACGUCGCCGCCCUCGAACUCCCUCAAGACGACGCGAAACAGCCCCUACCUGCCCACGCCCAUCGAGACGAUUGUGCUGGCCGCUUUUCCGGUCAUCCUACUCUUCGGUACCCUCUUCUCGCUUCUCUCUCCCGACGUCCGCUCGUCGCACUACGACCCCGCAGCCCAGGCACACACGCAAGAUACUGCGCCGUCGUACUUUGCGCGCAAGUCGAACCUGUUUAACGUCAUAUUCGUCAAGCGAGGCUGGUUCUGGGUCACGGCCGCCUUUUUCAGCUUCAUUCUCACACACCCAGCCACUGUACAGGCGACCGCGCGCGUACAGGGCACGCUGCGUUGGGCUCUGGUCACGGCCUGGUGGUUCUUUGUCACGCAAUGGUUCUUCGGCCCGGCCAUCAUUGACCGGGGCUUCCGCUGGACCGGUGGGAAGUGCGAGAUGAUUGAAGAGAAGGUCGAGAUGGGCGAGGGAGAUGCCAAGGAAGUCUUCACCGCGGUCGCGUGUAAGGCAUCUGGCGGACGCUGGCGUGGCGGUCACGACAUUUCUGGGCACGUGUUCCUCCUCGUCCUUGGUACUGGAUUCCUGGUGUCCGAGGUCGGGUGGGUGGUCAUACGGUGGAGAGGCUCAAGACGAGAGGAGCGCAGCGUCGUGAUGACGGAUGGUGCAACAAAGACUGCGACGGUUGAGGCACAGGGUUUGAAGGGAGAGCCGGGCCCUGGCGAUGCCCUGGGCUUGGGCGGCAAGUUUGCCGCUGCCAUCAUCGCGCUGAGCUCCUGGAUGCUUCUUAUGACCGCGAUCUACUUCCACACGUGGUUUGAAAAGGUCACCGGUCUCAUUACCGCUCUCACCGCAUUGUAUGGCGUCUACAUUCUCCCUCGGUUCGUCCCCACCGUACGGCAAGUCGUUGGUGAAGAUAAUGUGGGGCCCGGAGUUGGGGUGCCUGUGGCUCCCCGUGGCUCCCCGUUCCGUGCCAUGGUGACCUCACCCUCCAACUUCCUCAUCUUUAUCUAUUAUAACGUUGCAGCGACGACGCAGCCUACCUUACUCCAUACCCUCCAGCGUGUACCAGACAGCACAAUGUCUCCAAUCAAGGCCCCGGCCAACCUCCCAGAGCUUGUCAAAACAGCUUUCAACAAGGCUCGCUCCAAUGGCGACUUGACCUACUAUCCAACCCAGGUCACUGUGCUUAUCGCCAACUCAACCCCGUUUCAACUCCGCUUCUCCCCCGCGUUGGCAAACAAGCCGGUCGUGCAGAAGCCCAAGCCCGAUGAGUCACGCAAGCCUUUUGAUCCUUUUGAGAGUCCCGAAAAGGGCCCGCUGUUCAUUGCCGACAUACCAUCGUCGUCGGGCCACAACUUGGUGCUGAACAAGUUCGCCAUCGUGCCGGAGCACUUCAUCCUGGCCACCAAAGAGUUCAAGCAACAGACGGAUCUCCUGGAACGCGAUGACCUGGCGGCGACGUACUCUUGUAUCGAGGCUUACAGACAGCACGGUGAACAACUGAAUGAGGAAAAUCGCGAGCUGUAUGCCUUCUUCAAUAGCGGCUCGCACUCGGGAGCGAGCCAGCCUCAUCGACACAUUCAGCUGCUGCCGGUCGCGCGGAUGAUGGACGGCCUGCCAGAGGGCACGCAAUGGAACGUGCUGGCGAAGCAGCUUGGUCCGCAGCAGAUUCCCGGACUACCAUUUUUGACCUUCGCGGAGACGAUCCAUCGCGGCAUGACGCCCGAAGAGCUUCAUGGCAUCUAUCUGUCGCUUUUCAAGUCGGCCGUCGAUUCAGUGGAGGCCCAUGUCGGCGCCGUGAGCGACUCUGGGAAUGGCGGCGCGCGCAUCAGCUACAACCUUGCCAUGACGAGCGACCGGCUGGCCGUACUGCCGCGACUUGCCGAGGGUGCAGCCAUCUUCAGAGACGGUACGGCCGUAGGCAACCUCGCUCUCAACGGUACUGUUUUGGCGGGAACAGCACUGGUGAAAAGUGAGGCCGAAUGGGAUGCGCUAAAGUCAGGAGGCGACGGUUUCCAAUUGCUGGAAGUUUUAUCGAAAAUCGGCGUCCCCAAAGAUGGUGGCAUAGGCCACAUUAAAAAGCUGUAG